AUGACGCAUCUUCAAGUGGAGAGGCGCGCGAGCACAGAGAAGCCUCCAGGGCCCGAGGGCGAGAAGACCCCCGGUGAAAUGAUCAGGUGCGAGAAGUGCAAGAGAGAGAGGGAGCUGCAGCAGAGCCUGCACAGGGAGCGGCUGUCGGUGAGCACCAGCGAGCUGGACCUGGGGCAGUGCCACAGGUAUGGCACGGAGAAGCUGGUGAGGACACGCAGCUGCAGGCGCUCACCUGAGGCCAUCCCCGCCUGUGGGGAGGGCGCGCGCAAGGGCAACAGCCAUGGGAGCAGCCCCAAGGACGGCCCUCAGGAGCCAAGGAGACCGGGCAAGAGCCCAGACCAGAAGGAGGACAGGGACGCAGGGGGCCAGGACAGCCAUGCUCCCACAGCAGCCAAGGCACAGAAGGACACCGUGGAAGUUCCAGUGGCCACAGAGGAGGGGCUGCGACAGGUGAAGAGGGAAUCCAGGCUCCUUUGCAGCGCCAAGCCUGGCGGCUGGCCCCGGGCAGAGCACCAGGCCGGCUCCGAGCAGGAGAAAAAGGCAGGUGUGUCGGCUGGGAGGAAGACGGUGCUCAGAGAUGAGCUGCCCGCCCGGGCGGAGAAGGAGCCCAGGACGAGGCCGGAGGAGAAGCCGGAGCGGCCCGGCGGCCGGAAGCCACGGCCUGCGGGCAUCGUCAUGGCCAGCGUGGAGAAGCACUAUGAGGCCGGCCGCGUGGUUGGGGACGGCAAUUUUGCCGUGGUGAAGGAGUGCAGGCACCGCGAGAGCAGGCUGGCCUAUGCCAUGAAGAUCAUCGACAAGUCCCGACUGCAGGGUAAGGAGGACAUGGUGGACAGUGAGAUCGCCAUCAUGCAGAGCCUGUGUCACCCCAACAUAGUGAAGCUGCACGAGGUGUACGAGACUGAGACGGAGAUGUUCCUGAUCAUGGAGUACGUGCGCGGAGGGGACCUCUUCGACGCCAUCGUGGAGAGCGUGAAGUUCCCGGAGCCCGACGCUGCCCUCCUGAUCCUGGACCUGUGCAAGGCUCUCGUCCACAUGCAUGACAAGAAUGUCGUCCACCGGGACCUGAAGCCAGGGAACCUUCUGGUCCAGCGAAACGAGGACAAAUCCACCACCUUGAAACUGGCUGAUUUUGGCCUCGCAAAGCACGUGGUGAGACCGCUGUUUACCGUGUGUGGGACUCCGACUUACGUGGCUCCUGAGAUUCUUUCUGAGAAGGGUUAUGGCCUGGAGGUGGACAUGUGGGCCGCCGGCGUGAUCCUGUACAUUCUGCUGUGUGGCUUCCCCCCGUUCCGCAGCCCGGAGAGGGACCAGGACGAGCUCUUUAACAUCAUCCAGCUGGGCCACUUCGAGUUCCUCGCCCCUUACUGGGACAGCAUCUCUGAUGCUGCCAAAGAUCUGGUGAGCCGGUUGCUGGUGGUAGACCCCAGAAAGCGCUACACGGCCCACCAGGUUCUUCAGCACCCCUGGAUUGAAACAGCUGGGAAGGCCACGGCAAACCUACAGAAGGAGGCAUCCCCCAGCGGUGAGGGUCACUUCCGGAGCCAGCACAAGAGGACUGCAGAGCAGGCAUCGUAG